AUGGGUUUUUGUGGAAGCCCUUUUACGUGGACUAGUAAUAAACACGGAACAGGUAAACACAAAUCAAGACUAGAUAGAUCUUUAAUUAAUAAUGAGUGGACCUUAGCGUAUCCUGACUCUAUUCUCAGUCACCUUUCUCAAAAUGGUUCGGAUCACUCUCUUAUUUUACUGGAAUUAUCUAAACAAUACAGAGUUACUGGUAAGAGUUGGGAGUUUUUUGAGCAGUGGUUACAACAUGAUAGUUGUUGUGAUGAAAUUAAGUCUACUUGGUUAUCUAAUUACUCGGGAUCUCAUAUUUUUGUCAUGACAAACAAGGUAUCUAACACCAGACAUAUUCUAUCUGUCUGGAGUAAAAGUACUUUUGGCAACAUAAAUAACAGGAUCUUACAGCUUCAAUCUAAGAUUUCCAACUUACAAGUUACAGAUAUUUGUGGUUCUAAUACUGAAGGAGUCAUCAAAUUAGAGAAAUAUAUCAGGGCACUCAAUGAUAUUCAAGCAAGUUCCAACAGGCAAAAAGCUAGGGAUCACGUCUACAAUGAUAUGGAUAUGAACUCCAAAUAUUUCCACAUUAGAGCAAACAGAAGGAAAUCUCGCAACAGGAUUGAUUCUCUUUUAGCUCCAGAUGGGUCUUAG